AUGGGUCCCAAGACCAACACCAACAACAAUACCAAUACUAAUACCAAGCCCAAGGCCACAACCAAGCCCAAGCCCGUUCCCAAGUCAUCGACGGGCCCGGUCGAUCAGAGCCGACGCAGUGCCCAGCCUCCUAACGCGAGGACUACACCGAGCCGGCUCAAGGUGGUCGUGCGACGGCUGCCUCCCGCUCUGCCUGAAGCUGUAUUUUGGUCCAGCGUCGCACCAUGGGUCACACUUCCACCACACUCGACGGCUCCCUCUGUGUCCACACAGCCAUCAAGCGAGGGAGUGAACAGCGUGGACUGGAUCCAGUUUCGCUCGGGCAAGGUGCGAGCCAGGUGAGUCCCAGCCAGGAUCAUCUGUCCCACGACUGGAGCUGUUGUUCGAGUUCCAAGUCAAGUAAAAACGAGGGCUUACUCUCGGAUACUCGCGCAAAGACACGAUAAAGAAGAUACGCAUUCAAGGGCAUACCUCUCCUUCAAGACUCCUGAAGCACUCGUCGCUUUCCAUCGUGCCUACGACGGUUGGAAUUUCAAAUCUAAAACAGGUGAGUCGACCUUGGCUCUUCCAAGGGGUGAUCCUCCACGUGCCCUGUAGACUGACUCGAUGGUAGCCGGUACGACGGGUAGGCCAGGUGACGCGUGCUGUCGUAGAAUUCGCCCCCUACCAGAACACCCCGUCCCGAUCCAACAAACGAGACCCGCGUCAGGGAACAAUCGAGCAAGGUUCGACAUCCCACGUCUGCCUCGGGACCUGAACACCAACAGCUGAGAUCGCAAGCUUAUCACUCCGUUUCAAUCUACUUCUCCCUAUCUCAGACCCGGAUUUCAUCGCGUUUCAGGACUCUUUGGCAAACCCCGACCUGCCACCGGUCGAGCUACCGGGUACGUGGAAGGACUUUCGAGUCCCCUACGCGUGUUGCAAUCUGACCCAUGUGGUGGCUAUCCGAUUCAACCACGGCUCCCACAGCUAAAUCUGCGCCCACAUCGACCCCUCUACUCGACCAUUUGAGAGCGCAAAAAGCUGCCGCUCGAGCGACCAGCAAGGGCAAGGGUACCGUUCCCGCCCAGGGUCCACCGCCGUCAAAGCCAUCGAAGCGAUCGAAGAAGGGUUCAGAAAAAGGGGGUAAGCCGGCUGUUGUGCCGGCCAAUGCGUCAGCAACGCAUUCAUCAGACAAGACGGCCCAGAGGAAGUCCGCGCGCAAGUCGGUGGCAACCGAACGAGGUGGAUCGAAGAGCAGUCUCCAAAGCGCUCGCGGACUGACGCAAAAGGGCAAAGCGAAGACAGCAGAAGCGGACAGCCAAGCCAUUGCGAAACGGUCGAGGCAAGAAGCACCGCCUACUAAGGCUGCCGAUGCCGCCGACCUCGUGCGACGGACUCUGCAGAUGGAGCAUCAAGCUAAGAACCAGAGCAGCGCCUCGGCUAAGCCUUCGCCCUCUCGGAAAAACGACACGCGGUCUCCCAAAGAACAGUCGACUCGGGCCGUACCACAAAUACUCAAGAAUCCAGAGCGCAAACCGGUUUCCCCCGUCUCAGCACCCGCGGUCGCACCAGCUUCAUCCUCGACCCCUCGGCCCUCGCCCGUGCCCUCUGUUGGGUCUCUUCCGCCGUCUGUCCAGGUUAGCUCUGGAUCAUCUUCGCGAGGUGCUCGAAAAGUUCGUGGAACCUCUCGAGCGGGCUCGCCGCGCACUCCGGCCGACACGACCCGUAGGCACCAGCGCGCCGCUCUCCGAGCAGACGCCCCGUCUCGGAAGUCGUCAAUCUCAGCCGGGGACGAGCUCAGUUGAAGCUCAGUCAGGCAAUGGUAGUGGACAAAGCUCAAGCCGGGGUGGAGGCGGCGGCCGGGGUCGAGGUCGAGGUCGAGUUCGAGGUGAAUCUGCAGGUGCAGGUGCAGCUCGUGGAGGGCGUCUACACGAAAAUGUGCCGCAGUCCGGGAAACCGGCGCAGAAUAGCCAAGCGGGAGCGAAGCCAGUCAUUGCCUCUACUACUACCUGA